AUGGCUUCGCCCAAGGUCGAGCCCUCAAGCCCACACGUGGACAGCAGAGAAUAUGCCGCGUCUCUCGAUGCCCAAGAUCCUCUUCGCCACUUGAGGAGCGAAUUCCUCAUUCCUUCAAAGGCGCAAUUGAAAGCCGAAGCUCUACCUGACCCAGUGUCUCGUGACUCUGAAUCACAUGACCCAAGCAUCUAUCUCUGCGGGAACUCUCUUGGCUUGCAACCACGUCGGACAUCUACACGCAUCCAACAGUAUCUUACAACGUGGUCGACUCAGGGCGUUUUUGGACAUUUCAAACCUAUUGCCAACUCCCCAUUACCACCAUGGCUCGACGUCGACUCCAGUGCCGCGGACAGUAUUGCCCCUAUUGUCGGUGCUCAGGUGUCCGAGGUAGCUGUGAUGGAAACCUUGACAGCCAAUUUACACUUACUCAUGUCUGCUUUCUACAGACCAGACAUUAACGGUCGUCAUAAAAUCAUUCUCGAAAGCAGAGCCUUCCCGUCAGAUCACUACGCAGUAGAAUCCCAGAUACGGCACCAUAAUCUCUCCAUUAGCGAUUCAAUUGUAGAAAUAGAGCCGCCUAAUCCCAAGCAACCAAUCCUAACCACCUCCCACAUCCUCUCCAUCAUUGAUCUCCAUGCCUCCACCGCAGCGCUCCUCCUCCUCCCCGGGAUCCAGUUCUACACCGGCCAGUUCCUAGACAUGCAGACUAUCAACGCCGCCGCCCGCAAAGCCGGCAUCUUCGUGAUCUGGGACCUCGCCCACGCCGUCGGGAACGUCCCGCUACAGCUCCACGACUGGGACAUUGACGCCGCCGCCUGGUGCAGCUACAAGUACCUGAACGCCGGGCCAGGAGCCAUCGCCGGGCUCUUCAUCAACUCGCGCCACAGCACCGUCCCCUCGCCCGCCGACGGCGGCUUCCUCAACCGCCUGAGCGGCUGGUGGGGCAACGACCGCAGCUCGCGCUUCGCCAUGGAGAACCGCUUCGUGCCCGUCCCCGGCGCCGCGGGCUUCCAGCUCUCGAACCCCUCCGUGCUCGACAUCACCAGUCUGAAUGCCUCCCUGGAAGUCUUCCGCAUGGCCGGGGGCAUGGGCCCACUGCGCGAGAAAUCCGUCCAGCUCACGGCGUAUCUCGAGAUCCUGCUGGUGCGCUCCCCCUUCUACGAGGAGCUGUUCGAGAUCAUCACUCCGAGCGACAAGGAGCAGCGAGGUUGCCAGUUGAGUCUCAAGCUGCAACCUGGAUUGCUGGAUGUCGUGCUGAGGGAGUUGGAGGAGAGGGGCGUUGUCGUUGAUGAGAGGAAGCCGGAUGUUAUACGCGUGGCUCCAGCACCGCUAUAUAAUACUUUCUUAGACGUCUAUGAGUUCACCAGCGCGUUUUCUCAGGCCUUGGAGAUUGCUCGGAAGGCUAAGAAUGGCGGAGAAUAG